CCUGAAUAUGACUUUUUCCUUCCAUGGAAUCUGCUGCUUUAGAGGGAUACUGAUGAUUACGUUUACGGUUAAAAUAGGUUGAUUUACACAAUUCAUUCGUGAUUUACUUUUUUGUAAAGAAUCUCACUGACUUGAGAUUAUGGCAUGACUGUGUGUCUGGGUUCAAAUAUUGCCCACUUCACGGUCCAACGCUUCUCCUGAGACUCUUAUAAACAAAAGCUUACGGUUCUCUUGUCCAACCGAUACCCAUGUCCACCACGCAUAAGCGACGUUCCAUUCAACCUCGGCAAACCAAAGCGUCAUUACUGCGCUUAGCCGGGAAACAGUCGAACAUUCAAAGUUCCAAGGACAACAAGCCCGCCGAUACCGCAAAGACAGAAACGGAGAGAAAUGCGUCGGAUGUCACGGUACCACCACCGAAUGCAAUUGGUAGCCGUAAAACAGCUACAGACCGUUCCGGCAUGUCCACGCAUGCUGAUCCUCCAAAAGUGCCUCGACCGAAAUCUUCACCUUAUGCACAGGCGCGUGCCUCCGAAGGUGUGCGCGCCUUUAUGGCGCAACAACGAGCGAGACAGGUGGCUCGUAAAACCAAUGUCGAACCGGAGAAAGAAACGCCACCGAAAUCUCGUGUAUUUACAGGAGCUGAGAGAUACACUUCGGGGCCUGACGCUAGUCGAGGCGAGGCAUUUGGCAAUCAAGUGACACCGCCGAAUGCAAAGUUGCAGACACUGAUACGGCAAGCCAAGUCAUCUGGAAAAUUGAAUAUCUCUAGCCGUGGACUGGAUAAAAUUCCAGAAGAAGUGCUGAAUAUGUACCACGUUGACCCCAAUUCCAUUGUUGUGGAUUUCAGCUCUUCCUCUGACGAUGCUUGGUACGACGCUGUGGAACUGAACAAGCUCAUCGUAGGUGACAAUUCGUUGACGAAAUUGGAUACAAGAGUUGGCGAAGAGUUUGGUGCUCUCGUCUUGCUGGAUUUACGCCAUAACUUGCUGUCGACACUGCCCGAAUCACUCAUCCAAUUGCGCAACUUGACUGUAUUACAACUCCCCUAUAAUCAUUUCGAGGAGGUUCCUUCGUGCGUGACAAAAAUGAAAAGUCUGCGUGAGCUUGAUUUGUCGCAUAAUCGGCUUACGCAGGUACCUGUGGAACUUGCUCAAAUCGAUCGUCUCGAAAUUUUGGAGCUUGGCAACAACCAAAUCAAAGAAUUACCACGAGAAUUGACCGAGCUCGGGAUGCUCCGCAAACUAAAUGUUCAGCAUAAUCAAUUGACCAGUUUUCCCAAGAUCGAGCAUGCAACCGAAUGGCAAAAACUGGAGGAACUUGUGAUUUCUCAAAACAGAUUGCGUGUACUAUUUCCAGCUUCAAUCUCGCUUCUUUCUCUGCAGCGGCUUGAUGCACAGCAUAAUCAGAUCAGCGACCUGAUGAGUGACCAGGAAAUGAGCGUGCAAUUACCGAUGCUGGAAGAGUUGUUACUUUCUCACAAUCGUCUAUCCUCAGUCAGUCCAGGCGUAUUAGCGAGCGCACCCAAGCUCCAAACGCUGGCACUUGCUUGGAAUACUCUUGCUGAAAUUCCCGACUCGAUUUUGCAGCUGGAGCAGUUGAAGAGACUGGACGUGAGCAACAACGAAAUACGAUCUCUUUCUCCCGAUUUAAGCAAUCUUUCGCAGUUGAUGACUUUCAACUACGAAGGCAAUCCUAUACGCACUUUACCCAAGAAUAUGACCAUGACCGAGCUCAUGGAAUACCUGCAAAGCAUGAAAAUCACAGAAUAAACAAAAAUCACUGUCGCUGCAUGUGGUUAUACCCUAUGAAUUGCACUUUUAUUUCUCUUGAAAUAACCUAAUGGAUUACGCACGCAAGAACACCAACAGUGAAUAUUUCCAACGUAAAAGAAGUUUCGUCGUUUCACAAACAGGGUCAUAUCAAGAAAGUGUGUACUGUAGACGAAAGUACUGUGCUGUGAACAAAAAGACAAAUGCCCCUUCCAAGCCUACAUGUCGUCGAAAAUUACAGUCAAA